AUGGAGAUUAUGUUACCCUACAAAGCCGCAAAACUAAGCAACAAAGAUCUGCUUAAGUUCCAUGAGCAAGACUCUACUGAGACAUCAACACUGCCCCUGCCGCUACUCCUUAAAGCCCUCAAACGACACCGACAGCUGGACCGCCGUCUACCUCUUCUUCCAACCUGUCCCCAUCUCAGCAGUCUGAGUCACGUCCGCCGACACGCUCAUCGCCACCUCACCCACCGUCGCCGCGCCCAUCGUCACCACACCAACCACUGCCACGCCCAUCGCCGUCCUACCCACCGCCAUCGCGCAUACCUUCUUAGCGGUCAUAUGCAAGUGUGGCUGCUAGUACGCCAUCCAGCCCCAGCAAAAACACCUCGCCAUCGCGCAUACCUUCUCAGCGGUCAUAUGCAACCCCAGCAAAAACACCUCGCCGCCACCAUUCCCCUCACACUCAUCCAGAACAUCAAGCCCAAAAACUACGCCGCCCCACCGUGGCUCGCCACAUUAAUCAACUCCGGUUCUAGAGCAACCAGAACCCUUUUUAAAACCCACACUGUUGUUACCUAUCACAAACAAGGCCCACCGCCGCCGUUGCACAGCUGCUGCACGCGAUUGCAGAACUCCUAGGAUCUUGCAACUUUAAGAAUAAUCCUACACUAUACUAACACUUGUACGCCAGCAGGUUCUGCUUUAUUUGCUGACAAAGGGACACUGAACACUUGGAGGAGAGAGCCUUAAGAAUACUUGCUACUUACUAAAUACGAGAGGUAUAGGAGAGUUCGCUAGGAAAAUACAGAGAGAUAGAUAUUUUACAUGUAUGGGCUAUUAGGAGGUAUGCCAUUACUAAGGAAUUGCUUAUGUAAUAAACUACUAGUGCCCUCUAGGCUAGAGCCGGGCGUAAUAAAG